UUCAGUAUUUUUUAUAGAUAUAUAUCCCGUAAAUAUUUCUAUUAUCUAUUUCAACUAUUUUUCCUUGCGCUACAGAUUGCACGAGAGUCAUAUUUAUCGAAGAUAAAACUCGUCGGUCACGUUUCGCGUAAAACCAGGCGCGGAUCAUAAUUCAUGUAAAUGUGCGAAAGGGGCACUCGUCUCGCGCGAGACAGGCCUGGAAACGCAGGUGCGCCACGAGAAGCUGACCAAUCGCGCGAACGGCCACCCGACGAGGGUGGUGGUCGCGCGAGUCAUCGUGACGGACGGACAGGAGAGGGAAGGAGAGGGGACCUGUCAGACGGUCGCGCGGCGACCGCAAAAAGCUGAUGUAGACGCCGCCGGACGGCGAACGUGCGCGUGCGACGGUCAGUCUUUUUUUUUCUCUUCGCGCGCACAGCGGCCCGCGAUGUCCAAGAAGCCGUCGCGGGGCGAUGCCCUCGACGACAUCUCCGCCUGGGACACGGAGGGCGUGCUGUGCCUGUUGCGCAAGAACGGAUUAGAAGAAUGUUGCAAGGCUGUGGCGAAACGACAAAUCGACGGUGAUGAGUUGUUGCACUUGACGGAUGGGAAGCUGGCUCUCUGGAAGAGUGACCUCACGCGUCCACUGAUAGGAAAAUUAUGGGCAUUUGUGCAAGAGCUGAAUAAGUGUCCAGAAAAAUAUCUGCCGAACAGAAUUGCUGAAGUGCAACAGAACGAUGAUCACUUGAGCGACAGCGGUUCCUGGGGAACCGACUUCGAGGAUGAAACGACCGAGGAAACUAACUCUACUGAAGACCCACAAGAGAUUGUGAGGCCAAGUGUGAUCAAGAGCAAGCAGUUAUCUCUGCAGAACAAUAGGAUAUCAAUUAACAGAAUAUCGACGCGAUCACCGUCGAAGAGAAUAAUAAAACUGGAAAAGGAAGAGACUUACGCUAAUUGCAAAUCUUCUCACGAUGAGGAGGAGAAUAUGUAUGCGAAUUUUCAGGAGGCAAAGCAACCGCCGCCGAAAAACAUCUCAAGGCUGCAUAGUGAGUUAGAGAAGACUCUGGCCGGGAAACUGAAGUUGGAGUUGGAGGAGUUGAAGCGGAGGAACGACCUGUCAAAGAAACCUGAGCUCAGGCCAAAACCAGAAGCUCUGGCAUUGAGAAGAAUCCCGAUGACAGCUUCCGAUAAGAAAUCUCCGCAGAAAUCUUUUCUGUACAAUAUGCCAAAGAUUCAUGAACGCAUUUCCGAUGAACAAGGCAAAACGCAAAGAAGGAUGAGCGUACCACCACCGCCGGAACCCAAGAAGAAUAAGGAUUACACAUCCGUGAUCAAGAAAGGAACCGACAAGGAGUUAUCGAAACCACCACCGGUUAUUUUAAGGAAUUUUGACCUCGUAGCGAAUUUGCCGGUGAAAACGGAGGAGAGCGAAGACGAGUACGAGCCGCUCGAUGAGAACGUUGUCGAGCAGAUGCAACAGAAGAACGAGAUUUCGCGGGUCGACAGCAGGCAAUCAUUGCAUAGUGGUCGCCAGGGAUCAGUCGAAAGCGUUUACAAGCCACCUAGCGCUGCAAGUCAGGAGGAAGAGGAGGAUUAUGAGAUUUAUGAGUGUAUCACAGAAGCGCCGGAGGACAAUGACUACUUGAGCCCCAUUCAAAGGACAAAUGAUGUGCAAGAACCACCCCCCUUACCCGCCAAACCAUCGCCGCCUCCAUCAAAACCACCGCCUUCGACUCUUCCCAGUAGAACCAGGUCGGAGAAACACAAAGAACGAUCACCGGAUAAGAAAUCAGCCACGUUACCUCAUGCUGGCAGCAACACUUCGUUGUCAGCCGAGAGAGCCACGCGGCCGCUACCACCACCGCCCGAAAGGCAAUCCUAUGUAGACAAGCCCUGGUUUCAUAAUAUCACGAGAGAAGCAGCAACCAUUCUUAUUAAAGAACAAGGUACUUACAGUAAUCCGCAAGACGGAUAUUUUCUUUUGAGACCAUCGACAACAAAUCCCGGCAAUCCGUUGGCCUUGGUUCUUUGGUACAAAGACAGGGUCUACAAUGUACCGGUUAGGAAAAGAAAUGAUAAUAGAUACGCGUUGGGCACCCUGAAAGUGAACGAGCGAUCAUUUUCGACGGUUGAAGAGAUCGUGUCGUUUUAUGUGAAGGAGGAAUUGAUGCUCUACAGCGGCGGUGUACCGACCGGAAGUACGAGAUUGACUGAUACUCCACCAAAGUGAUUUUAGUCUGCUACGUCCGAUUCCACUUUAGGCGGGAAGAGGAAAGAUCUUUGAUAAUUUUGCUAUAUAUAAGAGUUAUACGCGACAUGUAUAAACACUGCCGAGCAAACACUUUUAUUAAACAUUGCACGACAGUAUGAAAAAUACAAUUAAUAGGCUGUCAAUUUACAAUUGAUACGCAAAUUAAUCUUGUAAUUACAUCGCACAAGACAUUCUUCGUUAUUUUAGUAUUAUUCCAAUGACAAGUUCUGAUUCAAUUUCUUUACCUAAGAUUCAUUACGCGUGCCUUCGAUAAAGUGACAUAAGUAAGCUCGAUUAUUGAGCCAUGGAUCUCUAUUGCGAUAUAUACACACACAUAUAUAUAUAUAUUUUUUUUUAAUAUAUAUUUCAAUCUCUUACUAACUGGAUAUAUUUAUGAUCGAUAAAAAGAAGUAGUUUUGUAAGGUAAAUUUUGUGAGUGCUUCGUCAAGCGAGAAAAUAAUAUUGUAUCGUUACUUUUUUAUCAGUAUUGUUAUAUUUUCGUCCACGUAUCGACCACUUGUUUGAUCUGCGGCGACUCCGUGAUUGAUCACUCGCAUGCACACGAGCUGUAGUUCAACUUUUCGGGAGGAGUCAAUAUGAUGAGCCAAUACGUGUAUACAAGGAGUUUAUUAAAUCUUUUUUAGGAAAA